UAUGUUCAAGGAACACCGCUCCAUACAUACACUGUUGUUAGCGACGUAGCCUCUACGGCCAAUUCCUUUUUUUUUUGACAUUUCCACCGGCUGCCACCUCUCAGAACUUCACUUUUCUUUUCUGCCACGGACAGGCGAAUGCGCGGGUAGCGGUUCCCCCGGUCGGCGCCCGGUUCACCGUUGGGUCAAAUCGUUGCUGGCUGCGGGUCCUGCGAGCCCCCUUUGAGUAUGCGCAUACAAUGAAGAGGCGCGUGGAGGACCAGGAACCAAUAUUUGCGCCCCAGCAACAGCAAACGCGUCGCCCCCCAGUUCAAGGCAUUGCAGACGGCUUCCAGCACCGGGCCCUCGCCCCGGCCCCCUCUGUGAUCGAGGCGGCGGCAGACAACAUGCAGCCGUCCACCGGCAUCCAGUAUUCUCUUCCCCAGGGCUACCAGGUGCCCACGAUGCCCCAGAGCACGAGUGGACACGGACACGGGCACAACAACGCCGCUCCUCACGUUGUCGCCCACGCACACGCCCUGGCAGUGCAGUCCCAGGGCCCCGCGGUGGUCCACGGUCACGUUCAUCCACCUGCACCCAUGACCUCGACCCAAGGACAGCAGUUUCAGCGACUGAAGGUUGAAGACGCCUUGUCCUAUCUGGAUCAAGUGAAGCUGCAGUUUGGGAAUCAGCCGCAAGUUUAUAAUGACUUCCUUGAUAUUAUGAAAGAGUUCAAAUCACAGAGCAUCGACACUCCCGGAGUCAUCAACCGCGUCUCCCAGCUCUUCAAGGGCCACCCAGACCUCAUCAUGGGCUUCAACACUUUCCUGCCGCCCGGAUACAAGAUUGAGAUUCAGACCAACGACCUCGUCAACGUGACCACGCCGGGUCAGAUCCACUACAUCACGCCUCACGGCAUCUCGGUCCAGAACAUCCCUAUGAGCGCAGCGUCCAGCCAGCCGGUGAGCCACAACCAGCACCAGAGUCUGCCGCAGGCCGGCCCGCACACCGCCACCACCGCCGCCGCCGCCACCACCAACAACACGACCACCACCUCCACCCCGCCAACCCCCGCCCAACCUGCUCCAAACAAAACCAGCAAGCCGAUUCAGUCUCCGGCCCACACGCCCACCAGCCAGCCCAACCCAUCCAUCCCAUCCUACGCCUCGCCGCGCUCCCCCUCGGCCCAGUCCCACACUCCCGUGAGCAGCACGCCGUCCGGCGGGCCGCCUCUUCAGAACAACCAGCCCGUGGAGUUCAACCACGCUAUAAACUACGUCAACAAGAUCAAGAACCGCUUCCAGGGUCAGCCGGACAUCUACAAAGCCUUCCUGGAAAUCCUCCACACGUACCAGAAGGAACAACGGAACGCCAAAGAGGCAGCCGGCAACUACACCCCAUCACUCACCGAGCAGGAGGUCUACACUCAGGUGGCGAGACUCUUCAAGAACCAGGAGGACCUGCUGUCGGAGUUCGGACAGUUCCUGCCCGACGCCAACAGCACGAUGCUGCUGGGCAAGACGACGCCGGACCGGGCCGAGUCGGUGCGCAACGACCACGGCGGCACGGUGAAGAGGCCUCUGCUGACCAGCAAGCAGAGGCUGAGCCAGAACGGUCUGCCAAUCAGGAGACCCCCUGGAGUGGGAGCGCCGCCCGUCAAGAAAAAGCCCAAACUAUUGGGGAAGGACCACGGCAUGACCGAGGUCGGCAAACACAGCACCAGCACUGAAACGAUGUUCUUCGAGAAGGUGAAGAAGGCUCUGCGGAGCUCCGAGGCGUACGACAACUUCCUGCGGUGUCUUCACAUUUUCAACCAGGAAGUGAUCUCUCGCGCCGAGCUGGUCCAGCUAGUCAUCCCGUUCCUCGGAAAAUUCCCGGAGCUCUUCACGUGGUUUAAAAACUUCCUGGGCUACCGGGAGUCGAGCCACGGGGAGUCGAGCCACGCCGAGAGUUUGCCCAAGGAGCGCGCGACAGAGGGCAUCGCCAUGGAGAUCGACUACGCUUCCUGCAAGCGGCUGGGCUCCAGCUACAGGGCGCUGCCCAAGAGCUACCAGCAGCCCAAGUGCACGGGGAGGACGCCGCUGUGCCGAGAGGUUCUGAACGACACGUGGGUCUCGUUUCCAUCGUGGUCUGAAGAUUCGACAUUCGUGAGCUCCAAGAAGACUCAAUACGAGGAGCACAUUUACCGAUGUGAGGACGAGCGCUUCGAGCUGGACGUGGUGUUGGAGGCCAACCUGGCCACGAUACGAGCCCUGGAGACGGUGCAGCGGAGGAUGUCCCGCAUGUCGGCGGAGGAGCAGCUGCGCUUCAAGCUGGACAACUCGAUGGGCGGCUCCUCGGAGGUGAUCCACCGCAAGGCCAUCCAGAGGAUAUACGGGGACAAGGCCCACGACAUCAUCGACGGGCUCAAGAAGAACCCGGCGGUGUCGGUCCCCAUCGUGCUGAAAAGAUUAAAAAUGAAAGAGGAGGAGUGGAGAGAAGCCCAGAGAGGCUUCAACAAAAUCUGGCGGGAGCAGAACGAAAAGUAUUACCUGAAGUCGCUCGACCACCAAGGCAUCAACUUCAAGCAGAACGACACCAAAGUGCUGCGUUCCAAGACCCUCCUCAACGAGAUCGAGAUGCUGUACGACGACCGCCAGGAGCGAGCGUCGGAGGACGCCACCACGCCGCCGCCGAGCGGCGCGCACAUGACCCAGACCUACGACGACAGCCAAAUCCUGGAGGACGCCGCCGCCCUCAUCAUCCACCACGUCAAGAGGCAGGUGGGCAUCCAGAAAGAAGACAAGUACAAGAUCAAGCAGAUCAUCCACCACUUCAUCCCCGACAUGCUGUUCGCGCGGCGCGGCGAGCUCUCCGACGUCGAGGAGGACGAGGACGAGGAGGAGGAGGACGAGGAAGACACGGACCCGGACCCGGACGGACCCAAGAAGCACAACGGCCUGCCGGGCGGCAGCCCGUCCAAGUCCAAGCUCCUCUUCGGCAACGCGGCGGCGCAGAAGCUGCGCGGCGGCGGCGCCGACGACGCCUACAACAUGUUCUUCGUCAACAACUACUGGUACAUCUUCCUCCGCCUCCACCACAUCCUCUGCUCACGCCUGCUGCGCAUCUACGGCCAGGCCGAGCGGCAGAUCGAGGUGGACGCCCGCGAGAGGGAGUGGGAGAGGGAGGUGCUGGGCCUCAAGAGGGAGAAGAGCGAGAACCCGGCCAUCCAGCUGAAGAUGAAGGAGCCGAUGGACGUCGACGUGGAGGACUACUACUCUGUGUUUCUGGAGAUGGUGCGUAACCUGUUGGACGGCAACAUGGAGCCGACUCAGUACGAGGACUCCCUGAGGGAGAUGUUCACCAUCCACGCCUACAUCGCCUUCACCAUGGACAAGCUGAUCCAGAGCAUCGUCCGGCAGCUGCAGCACCUCGUCACGGACGACGUGUGCUCGCGGGUCACCGACGUGUACCUGAGCGAAGGCGCCAACAAAGCCACCGGCGGCUCGCUGUCCACGCAGACGUCCCGGGCGCCGGCGGAGGGCGCCUACCAGCGCAAAGUGGAGCAGCUGAUGUCGGACGAGAACUGCUUCAAGUUGAUGUUCGUGAAGAGCCGAGGAGCCGUCAGUCUGUCCAUGGAGCUGCUGGACACGGAGGAGGAGAACUCCGACGAGCCGGCGGACGCAGAGAGGUGGUCCGUCUACGUGGGCCGGUACCUGAACUCCGACUCUGCGUCCCCGGAGCUGCGCGAGCACCUGUCCCAGAAGCCCGUGUUCCUCCCCAGGAACUUGCGGCGUAUCCGGCGGUGCCAGCGCGGCUGGGAGCGCCUGCAGCAGGAGAGGAUGAACAAGGCGCCUUCGGACGCGCCGCGGGACUCCGACGGCGGGCUGAAGAUGGAGUGCAUGUUCAAGCUCAACUCCUACAAGAUGGUGUACGUCUGCAAGUCGGAGGACUACAUGUACCGGCACACGGCGCUCACGCGGGCCCAUCAGUCCCAACAGCGGGUCAACACGCGCCUGCACAGGCGCUUCCACGCCUGGCUGGACGUCUGGGCCGGAGAGCACGUGACGGCCGACAUGUCCGCCGACAGCCGCGAGUGGCUGAUGGGCGAGAGGCGAGAGGGCCUGCUGCCCUGCAGCACCACCCGCAGCCCGGAGGUCCUCCACUACAUCGGCGUGAACAAGUACCGGGUGAAGUACAGAACUCUGUAGUCCGGGACGGAACCGUUCCUCCACACCACGACUGACCUGCCCGACCACCGCUCCGCUCCUCCGACCUGCUGCCGGAGUCGGAUGUCGAAACACAGGAAGUUGGUGCACACUUUUCACGCUCGCGCUGCAAUAAAAAAAAUUUAAAAAAACGCCCGUCCCAGAAAUCC